AUGAUGCUUGUUGGGAACGCUGAUAUCGCGGUGACGUCUCCUCGAUCGUCCUACUCGGCGCUAGCGGCCGCCCGCGGAGGGUCGUCUACACAGAGAUACGGAGGGAUUUCAUGCACAGAGCAGGUCAACGAGCCGGAGUUUCACUGCCUCGAGUGCGCCAAGAACGAGUGGAAGGUGGACCAGGUCAAGAAUCCCACCGAGUGGGACAACAUUUACCACCUUGUUGAGAGCAAUCGAGCGCGCUGUAAAGGGUAGACUAGACAUAGGUGCAUAGUAUCCUGUCCCCCAACAGGGAAUCCCAUUUGGAGAGAGGGACUUGGGACAUGACUACCUUCUUGCCUGCCACAUUCUAGUAGAGCUUCAUAUACCAUCCUGUGUUUAGGCCGGGAGCAGGGAUUCU